GUUACGAUGGAUGACUUUAUACGAAAUUUUGCAAUCACAGGUGAAGUCAGAUCCCUUCUGGCGCCGUUAUGGUUGCACCUACUCCAUCAAAACGAAGAUGGAGAUACAUGUCUCCACUUGGCAAUUAUAAACUGCAAUGAGCAAGUUGUUUCAGCCAUAUUGGAUAUCAUACCAAAACCAGAAUGCCUUGAUAUUUAUAAUGACCUUACCCAAACCCCAUUACAUUUGGCUGUGAUAACAAGACAAGAUAGAAUUGUAGAAAGACUGGUAGAUCAUGGAGCUAAUGUUGAGUUGGUUGACAGAAAUGGACAAACAUGCAUACAUCUUGCAUGUCAGCAAGGCGAUCUUAAAUCACUUCGAGCAAUUUUCAAACAAAGGCCUUCAAAACCUGAAUUAACAAAAAAAUUGCCCGAAAUUUUAGAAACAAGGAAUUUUGAUGGACUGACCCCUCUUUGUAUUGCUGUGAAAGCAAAUCAUGUUGAAAUUGUAAAAGAACUAAUCAUGCUUGAUGUAGAUGUGAAUGCAAUUGACACUAAAAGUGGUAAUACUGCUUUACAUUUAGCAGUAGAAGGUAAUAAUCUGGCCAUGCUUGCUUGCUUGUUAUUCAAAGGAAAGUCAAACCCUAAUGCAAUGUCCUACAAUGGUAGCACACCGCUGCAUAUUGCUGCUGGUUUAAAACUUCAUCCAAUUAUUGCAACACUAGUAGCAGCUGGUGCAGAUGUCUGUAUCACAAAUGCAGAAGGAGAUACAGCUUUCAACAUGGAAAGUGUAAAUUGCACUAAUUUGCCUGUAAAAGGUUUUCAAACCACCAAGGAAACUUUUAACUUGUCAGAUAAGGAGGAAGAAAUGGAAUAACUGGAAGCAAGCAAACCUUGAAGUGGACCAUUCUGGAAUUGUUUUUCUACAAUUUUACGUUGGGUGAAUAAAAAUCUAAUUCAGUUCUGAUCAUAAGUCUCAAGAACAUAAUGUGAACAUCACAAUGUCUACUUUGUUUUGAUUUUCAUUUAUCUGGGACAAAAAUUGUUUUGUUUUCAUUGGCAAAAAUA